UGUCAAUUGGGCCACUAUAUGUAUCUGCUGCACCCAGUCUUAUUACGUGGGCCAACAUCAGACGCCACUUAAAUAAUUGAAUUCGCAGAUUGGGGGAAAGCAACAAUAUUUAUAAAUUUGGGGAAAGGCGCGUUUAGGGUUAGGACUAAAAGGAUGGCAGAGAUUGCUCGUCAGGGGAAGCGAAAAUUGGAAGAGGAAAUUAGUGUAAAUACAAAGGAGAAUAAUGUGGAAACAGAAGAGUAUGAUUCUGAUGAUGAUAUGUAUGCUGGUAACCAAAGGAUGACCCGAGAAAUGCGGGACGAGUAUAAUAGACAGAUCGAUGAGAGCGAGGGUUUUGAUAUCACUUUGGAUUUGGAAUGGGGUGUGAGUAUUGGAGCUCCAAUUAUUCCACACCGGGGGGGUGAAGAGCACGACCCAAGGUUUAAUGAGAUUUCCUGCCUAGCUAUUGAUGCUUACAAUUUGCAGAAUAAUAAAAGAUUCGAAUUUGUCGAAAAUGUGACUGUGAACACCUCACUUGCUGCUGGAUACUGGUGUUACAACACCUUUCGAGCCAGGGAUUCUGAUGCUCCCAACGCUGUAAAGACAUUUCAAGCAUUGGGGUACUGGGGAAUUAGUGGAAAGAGAAUUCUUUCAUUUUGCAGGCUUAAGAAAACAUCCAGUGAUGAAGGUAAACUUAUUAAUUUUCAUAACUCCCCUUGUUACUUAUAUUGCUUAUACAUGCCUAUGCUUAGUAUGAACUUCCAAUAUUUGUGUCCUCUUGGGAUUUCCUUGUCUCUUGUGGGGUUUUUCUUGCGUUGGCAUGUUUUUUUUGGGGGGAGGGAUCUAUGGUUUUUCUAGCAUACAAGUCAUGGAUUUAUGCCUAUGCAUGAUACACAAAAAUACAACUGGCCCAACCUGAGGUCCGUGGUAUCACUAUCCAUUUCACUCCGUUGGACCCUUUAUAUUCCAUAUGCCAACAUUUAUUGCUAAUGUUUUAAAAAUUAUGUUGCUGCUAUUAUGUGUCCAUUUCACCAAAAAGCUUUAAGCUCAAAAUGCUGAUCUGUAGUUAUUUAGCAACAAGGAUUUUGGCUAUUCACUAUUAAGAGCAUCCCUACCUUUGUGGUUGAUUGGUUUAUGAUGAACAAGGAGAGAACCUCGUAUUCAAGUUGUUUAGAAAGCAGAAUGUGUCGGACAAAAUGUAGCUUUUCAGAAAGAGCAUCGAGUUAUCUAAAUCAUUAGAAAAAGUUCCAUGUUUAGUGAAAAGUGUAAAAAGAAGUGGAGAAGUUCCUAAUGUCCCUUUGUGAGCCCUUGUUUCCUUUCUAUUCAAAUUGUUCAAAUGAGAGUCAACGGGGACAAUAUCCUUCCUAAUUAGUUUACUUUGGCAAACACUUUAGUAGGCGGGGUUUUUGUUUCACGUCAAAUAAUGUUAUACCUAAAACAUUCAACACCCUUGCCGUUGCAACUUGUCUUUCUUGAGAGCAAUUUUUACAUUUUCUGGUUCUAGGUGUUUGCUUUCUGCAGGUUAGAACUGCCAAAUUGUUUUAUAUACAUAAAAAUUAUGAGAAAUUGAUGUUUUAAAUUUGUUUUGGGUCAGCCCUGUUUUGCCUUUUUUUUUUUUUUUUUUUUCAACAAGUGGCUAGAAUCAUUAACAUUUUAUUUUUGGCAGGUGAGUGCCCUCCCGAUUCCAGUGUUGACGUGAAAGCUACACAGUGAGCUUGUCAUCUCUUUAAGCUCGUCAGUCUUACUCUUGUAGUAGUAAUUAUUGAAAAUGUAGCGUCACUUGUGCUACUAUUAAGACCUGAAAAGAAGUGUAGUGAUGUGUCUUCUACUCUCCUAGUUGUUUUAUUAAGAAUGUAGAAUUAUUUGUGUUAUUACUAAGACCAGAAAAAAGGUGUUUUGAUGUUA